UAAUCCAAGUGCCCCAAAACUAAUUAGUGUUAUUUUUGUUGUCCGUGAAACAACUGAACCGUAACUAAAUUACACAAAAUGGCUUUGGAACGUCAAGUUCGUGCAAAGAUCGCCGGCAAGCGUGACCUGGAAAAGGACAAAGAAGCACAGUACUGGAUCGAGGAGGUCCUGCAGGAAAAGUUCCCGGUCGGUGUCCUGUACGAGGAUGCCCUCCGGGACGGGCUGGUUCUGUGCAAACUGAUCAACAAGCUGGCUCCCGGUUCGGUGGCCAAAAUCAACACCUCCGGCACGCAGUUCAAAAUGAUGGAAAACAUCAACCUGUUCCAGCAGGCCAUCAAAAAGUACGGCGUCCCCGAUCUGGACGUAUUCCAGACGGUGGAUCUGUACGAGAAGAAGGACAUUGCACAGGUCACCAGUACGAUAUUCGCGCUUGGACGAGCGUGCUACAAACACCCGGAAUUCAACGGACCGUUCCUCGGACCGAAACCGGCGGACGAGUGCAAACGUAACUUCACCGAAGAGCAGCUGAACGCCGGCCAGAGCAUCAUCGGACUGCAAGCCGGAACGAACAAGGGAGCCACCCAGGCCGGCCAGAACAUAGGCGCCGGUCGUAAAAUCAUUCUCGGAAAGUAAACACAACCUGACUGGGAUUAGGCCUAGCGUAUGUGCUUUUGUUUAUUUGGUUUUGGGGUCGUCGAUUGAUGGUCGAUUUUGCAAUUUUAUACUUUCCGUUUUUGCCGUUUUUUGUCGCUUACGAAUAACGCAAACGAUGCGAAAAUCAAAAGAAUUCAUAAUGAAGAGACUACCCUAUUAUGUAUUAUCGUUAAUGGUGAUCGGUUUAAAAAUUUGUCUCCAAUAAUCCAGUACGAUCAUUGUACCUAUACGUAGUGUAAGCUGAAAGGUGUUUUUCGUAUUUC